AUAUAUAAUACGGUGUGUGUCACAAUGCAUGCGUAUUUUCCUAUCCUUCCACAUUCCUUAUUUCAUGUCUUCGGAUCACAAGUCAACGAUUGAGAGUGAUCUCCCUUUGUUUCACAUGCAAAACUGGUUUAUGUUGACAAAGUUGAUGCAAAUAUUGACUUUUGGUCGAUGGAAAGAUAGUUAUUGAGGUCGCCUUGCUGGGUGGGCGAAACUGAGACACACUAGAUUAUGAGAAUUUAGCUGACGAAAUGGAACUUUUCCCUCUACAUUCUCACAAGGAAUGGUUGCAAGACUGCGCUGGGCUUCUCAACUCCGAGUGGCCGAGAAGCAUUGCUGCAAGACUAUACAGCCUUGAGAAAUCAUGUGAUGACCUGCCAGUUAGCUUGGUUCUUGUGGCAGAAAACAAAGUGGUGGGUCACAGUCGAUUGGCAUCAGUUCAAGGAAUCAGGAACUCAUGUUUAUUAGAAUCAGUUGUGGUUCCAAAAGAUCUUCGAGGGAAAGGUUUAGGUCGGAAACUGAUGGAUAAGACAGAAGAGUAUGCUAAGAGUGCAGGAUUCAAAACAAUAUUUUUGAACACGAUAGACAAAGAAGAAUUUUACCGCCAUCUUGGGUACCAGCCUUCUGGGCCAGUUGCAAGUCUGGGAGCUAAUGCUCAUCUUAUACCGGAUAGUCUGAUCUCCAAGAUGAUGGGUGGCAGCAUGACCAACUCACCAGACACGGCCAAGGAGGCAACAGUGGCCGAGUUACCUUCCUCUGAUACUAGUAACCCUCCACCCCCAGCACCUCCUCCACCACCUCCCAUCCCCCCACCCCUCCAGCUCCAACAGAUGAUAACAGGCACGUCAUCAGACUGAGCCGCAACUCCAUCACAUGGAUGAGAAAGGAUCUGCUUUAGACCACAGUGCACCAGCCCAAACCUGUUCCCCAGUCUCUUGGUCUAGAAAUACAAGGUGCAUAAUUAGACGUAUGUCUGGAAGACAUAUGCCAGAGUUUUAGCUGGGGGUUAUUGGGAGGCUUUUUUUAACCUCCUUUGUUGUAGAGAACAGCUUUUGUAAUGGCACUACUCAUAAAACCAGGGUUAUGAUCAGUUGAUGUGAAGUGCAUGCAGGUUGAUAAGUGUGUUCAAAGCGAACCGUGACUGCCAGUCUAACGGAAAACAUCUUGUUGUUUCCAACAAGAUCCUGAUGCCAGUUUCCCAGAAUAAUUCCUGUGUGCAUGUGCAGUAUGCUUAGUGCAUUUACACACAGGAUAAUUUGAUGUAUUAUUAUUAGAGAUUUUAUAUAAUGAACUGAGUUUUCAACAUUGGAGGUGACAUUUUUACAUCAGCUGGUUAGGAUGUGGUAGGUGCUUUGUGCACUUUUUUGUCUCCUUUUAACUCGUUAUUAGUUACACGAUGACAAUAAUUAAGGAAAACUGUAUUUGUAAGUACCUUUUCAUUUGGCAAGAGAAGAUGUGAAAAACUUAAUGCUCAAAAUGGCUGAUGUGGUCGGUGUCAUGACUGACAUGUACUGUCAGCCUGUGAAGGAUGAACAUUGAAUAAUACACGGUAAAUAUUGAACACUGCAUGGAAUGUUGGAAAGGAUCAAGUAAUUCCAAAAUAUAUAUAUGUUCUUUUUUAGUAUAAUCAUAGAUAGGAACACUGGCACAAUUAAGAAAUGGCAAUAUAUUCUUCAGCUUGGAGGCUAAAAUUUCGAUCUUGACCAUGUAGUAUUUUCAAAACAGAUGACUGUAAAUUAUGUCUAAAUCUUCAAAGACAAUACAACCUUUUAAUCAUGAAAGAAUAACAUAUUACAUUGUUUAAUCCAUUAGUCACA